UUCGCCCAUUACUAUUUUGCGCGCCGAUAUUUUGAAAAAAAAAGUUUAAAGUUAAAUCUGUUUCCACGUUUUCUUUCUGCUGUGCUGUUGAGACAAAUCCGAGAGAUUUUAUUGGUUUUAUGAGUUUUAUUGAAUCAUAAUGAGCUGUUCCACUUCCGAUACCGACUCGCAACAUCAUGUUGGUUCUUCAAACCUACCGGUUUCGGAUCGCGAACCCAGUCUCGCACGGCAAAUGCUUCUUUACGUCUACAAUCGGUCGGGGAUCGUAACAGCUCGACAAAUAUCUUUCUGGGAGCGUUUCCGCCAAGAAACACCGGAUGUAGAAUUGCCGGCACGCGAUCUUAGAGCAAUGUUCUUCUCGCAAUUGCUGCACGAGCCGGAGCACUUUAACAGUUUGGAUAGCGUUGUGGAACAAUACAUCAAUCCCCGUUUCAAUAAGAUUGACCUGGAAGCACUGGAAUUCGGCGAUCUUACCGAAGGAGAAGAUUACACGGUGAACACUUCACUUGAUGGUUCUCCCGAAGAAAACGAUACGAAUCUGGAACGCUUGGCUCAAUUUUUAUCUACUCCGUUCGAAACGUCCAAAACCGUACCACUGCCGCCGAUAUAUGUCCGGGUGCUGCCCAUCCCUCUUCCGACAUCGUCUUGCCCGUUGGAUGCACUGUUGAACCCAUUCCGUCGACUGGUUUCCGAACUCCUGUACACGAACGAUGAAACAGUUGAGAAAUGUGAACUGGAAGUUGACACCAUAUGCGACCGUGUUCAAGCCCUUACGGUCAGCGGCAUAGCCCUUGACCAUCUGCUGGAGCCAAAAAUGGAAUGCUAUAAAUUGCUGCACGGUGAUACUCCGGUUGCAACGAUAGCAACCCCCGCGAAGGAUCAGGCCGUUCCGGCUGCACCGAGAUCCAGCACUCUGAAACGUUUGAGAUCGGGUGACGAUUCCGGGUUAGGAAGAUCAACCAUAAAACGUCGUCGGGUAAUUAUUCCUUCCUUGAUAUUGGCCCAGCGAAAGAGAGCUAAAGAAAUGCGAGCGAUGGGAUCCACUGUCAAGUGGUGAUUUUAUCUUUUACAUUUAAUUUGGUUUAGUCUUUUAAGUAUUAAUUUUGAGAAUAGUAUUUAGAGAAAACUUUUUUUUUUAUUUUUUUGUUUUGGUUUAUAAGUCUAUCGUUAAUCUUUUAUUAAGAACAAAUUCAAUUUUGUUUUCAUAUCAAUUUACUAUGUUUAAGCUUUAUUGGUAACAAUAAUAAAAAAAAUACGGUUAUGAAGUAUUUGCCGUGAGUAUUAAAAUUCGGUUUCGAUUAUAAACUUUUUCACACAGUUUUUUUUUAAAUAAGU